GUUAAACCUCGGAUCAUCAAACUCUGCAGCGGAAGAGCUUGAGCUCCUCCCAAAAAAAUGGCGACCUCCCAGAAAGUCUUCACUGCAGAAACCCUACGUGCCGCCGCUAAGCAAUCUCUCCGCUGCCUCGUUGUUCCCGUCCGUCUUCGUCGCGCUAUCAAAAAAUUUCUUCGAGAGCACGAUGACCCGCACAUGAGGAAGAAGGUGAUUCAGUUGUCGGAAUCGUUCAAAGAAAUAAAGGACACGAAUCUGCUUUUGCCCGAAACCACAGCGAAGGAGCUUGUGGAUCCAAUGAAGUCGGUGGGGUCCAAGCGUUGGAAGAUUCAGACCGUUUAUGGAGAUAGCGGUCUUGAAUACAGAGAUGGGGAGACAGCAGCUUAUGUUGCUUCUCGUAUGCCCGCUGUCUUUUCCGCCUGUUAUAGAGUCCUCACUGAGAUUCGUAGGAGAUUACCAGAUUUUGCUCCUGAAAAAGUGCUGGAUUUUGGUGCUGGUACCGGUUCGGGGUUCUGGGCGGUUAAAGAAGUUUGGCCAAAGUCCGUGGAAAAAAUAAAUCUGGUCGAGCCAUCACAGUCCAUGCAGCGUGCAGGGCGUAGCUUAAUACAGGGUCUAAAGGAUGUACCUCUGAUCCAUGGGUAUACUAGCCUUCUAGCACUUAGUAAAGACAUCAGUAGCUCCGAGAGGAAACAUGAUCUUGUGAUCGCUUCCUAUGUGCUAGGGGAGAUUCCGUCCUUGAAAGACAGAAUUACCGUAGUUCGCCAGCUCUGGGACCUUACCCAGGAUGUAUUGGUGCUGCUUGAACCUGGAACACCACAUGGUGCUAACAUUAUAUCUCAGAUGCGAUCUCAUAUACUUUGGAUGGAGAAAAGGAAACUGCGUAAACUGGAAAAGAAGAUGAAGAAAGAGCCUGAAAGCAAGGACCUGCUUGAUCUCAAAGCCGGUGCUUAUGUUGUUGCUCCGUGCCCUCAUGAUGGAAAAUGCCCAUUGGAGAACACCGGAAAGUAUUGCCAUUUUGUACAGCGCCUGCAGAGAACGUCAUCUCAGCGUGCCUACAAGCGCACAAAAGGCGAGCCCUUGCGUGGCUUUGAAGAUGAGAAGUUUUGCUUUGUGGCUUUCAGACGAGGGCUUCGACCACGUAGGGAGCCAUGGCCUCUUGACGGUAUAAAGUUUGAGACUUUGAAGGAGAAACAUGCAAAGAGGAAACCUGAGGAUCUUGAAAUUGAUUACGAGGAUUUUAUCAAGACGCAGAUUGUGGAAGUGCCAUACAUUGAUCCAAGAGAGUACGACUCUGAUAUAGUUGAGAGUGAUGCCAUUGACGAUACAGACAACGAAGAAGAAGAAACCUGUGAAGGAGAAGAGGGAGAAGAGAUGGGGGCAAGGGCAGGGAUGGGAGGAGGGUGGGGAAGGAUAAUAUUCCCACCGAUGAGAAGGGGGAAACAGGUGCAGUUGGAUCUGUGCAUGCCGACCAAUGAGGAUGGUUCUGAGGGUAAGUUUGAAAGGAGGGUGAUAACGCAGAGCAAGAACCCUGAUCUCCAUUUUCAGGCCAAGCGAUCCUUCUGGGGUGACCUUUGGCCAUGCCGCAGCAGCCAAGACAACAAAGACAUCAGUGCUGUCUAGUGUCAUUUGUAAUGAAUGAGCAGAUACAUGAUCAACUCAAAUAGGGUUGCUUUUGUUUUGUAUCAUAUGGUAUUUUAUUAAAUUGGUUAUUGUUCACUGUAA